UUUAGAAAGAAAUCACACAAACCCUAGCACUGUAAGCCUACACCACCGCCGCAAGGAGUGGAAUACUGCCGCCGUCCGUCACACUCAAAGUUCGCCAUCCGUCAUCUAUCUUCCCUCGUGCUCCAAGUCUUCAACCCCUGUUCGCUGUCACCGAUUGCGGCUGCUUCCUCGAGCUCGGCGUUCGUCGUCUUUGUCUGCUCAGCCGUCCUUCCGUCGUCGUUUGUUUGCCGUUCACGUUAACGUCUUCGUUCAGCUGUCGUCUUCGUUCGCGUUCUUCGCCGUUCACGUUCGCUCGGCGUUCACCGUUCGCGUUCACUCGCUGUUCACCGUUCGAGUUCGCGUUCGUCUGGAAGCCACGUUGCUCCGCUUCAAACUCUGCGACCAACCCGCGCGCUCCACCCAGCCGUCGAACUGCUCUCUUUUGUCGCCGCCCUUUAUUUCUCUAGUAACAUCAAAGUAAUCCCUGUGUCUCAGCAAUGGCAGCACCAUUUUUCUCAACACCUUUUCAGCCCUAUGUUUAUCAGAGUCCGCAAGAUGCAAUCACACCUUUUCAGAUUUUAGGGGGUGAAGCUCAGGUGGUCCAGAUAAUGUUGAAGCCCCAAGAAAAAAUUAUUGCAAAGCCUGGUUCCAUGUGCUUUAUGUCAGGGUCCAUUGAAAUGGAAAAUUCCUAUCUUCCAGAAAAUGAAGUAGGCAUAUGGCAGUGGCUAUUUGGCAAAAACAUAAGUAGCAUCGUUCUUCGAAAUUCUGGACAAAGUGAUGGAUUUGUUGGAAUUGCUGCACCUUAUUUUGCAAGAAUUCUUCCGAUUGAUUUAGCAAGCUUUAACGGGGAGAUUUUGUGUCAGCCAGAUGCAUUUCUUUGCUCUGUCAAUGAUGUGAAAGUCAACAACACAAUUGAUCAGAGGGGACGAAAUAUUAUUGCUGGUGCUGAGGGAUUUUUGAGGCAGAAGAUAUCAGGUCAAGGGCUUGCAUUCAUACUUGCUGGUGGAUCUGUUGUACAGAAAAAUCUUGAGAGCGGUGAAGUUCUAGCAGUUGAUGUUUCAUGCAUUGUUGCUGUGACAAGUACGGUCAAUGUCCAAAUAAAAUAUAAUGGUCCUCCAAGAAGGACAAUGUUUGGAGGUGAUAAUGCCGUGAUAGCUCUUCUCACAGGACCAGGCAUUGUGUUCAUACAAAGCUUACCGUUUCAUAAACUUUCUCAGCGAAUUGCUAGAUCGGUGACAUCUCCAAACAUGAGGGAAAAUCCCAAGUUUUUAAUACAGAUUGCCAUUUUCUUUUUCCUGGCCUAUGUUGUCAUUGUAUCUUCAUUAAUAUUGACAGAUGUAUGAAACUUAGUAAAGGUUUUUCUUUUUUCUUUUUUGUGGUAUUCCAACUUUUAUACCAUUUUAUGAUCAUAGAAACUAGGAAGGUGAGAAGAAGAAAUUUGAAUGCCUUGGAUUUGGUUAACAACAGUGCUUGAUGGUCGGAUUUUGACAAAGAAAAGCAUCCAAAUUAUAGCAUUGAUAUCUAUCACAAAAAUGUUCAUUUUAUCAGAAUAUUAAUCUAUUUCAUCGCUUCCUAUGAGUUGUCGAUCACAAUGAUAUGAUAUUAUGUUUGAAUUCAUAGA